AUGAUCGACGUCUGGAUCUACUUUACCGAUUCGGAGGACCACUUGCGGGUCCGCGUGCCCCCGUCGCUGCGGCUCGGGCCUCUGCCGGGGGCCGCCGGCCCGCGGGCCGCCGGCCCCGGGGCCAGCGGCCGCGGCAGCCGGCUGCUCUCCCCGAGCCAGUGGCGGCCCGAGUCGCUGAAGGGCCUGAUAGAGGGGAUCUGCGAGAUAGAGGUGGAUCGGCAGAGGCUCUUCUUCAAUCAGAACGUCAUUAUGAACGACGAUAUCUCUUUGAAGGCGUACGGCAUCGGCGACGGAGACCAGCUCAACCUGCGCAUCCUCAAGCACGGCUCGCACUCCCACGGGGGCACGGAGUCGAGCUUGGAGCCCGGAUCCCACGUUCAGCGCGGCGAUAAGUUGGCAGGAAAGUACAGCGGGUGGACCCUCGCGAACACACGGCUCAUCAAGCAGUGCCGCGACCCGCAUGGCGAGGUGUACAUGCAGCCGAAGUGGGUGACCUUUGCUCCACAGGCAAGCAAGCGCGCCUCCCUCGCUGCAGCCUGCUCCGAAGCCAGCAGGGGGCCGUUCGGCACGAGGUUGGACCACCCCAUAUACGUGAGAGACCGGGACGACAGCCACAUGAGGAGCUUGCGAUUGAGAUUAUCCGCGUAUUGA